AUGGCGCCCCUGAACAUCGACCCACCCGUCCUGAACUCUUCAAACCCAUGGUGCACAACCUUGGAACAGCUCCAGGAACUCUACAACUGCCCGCACACAGGCGCCAUCACGACUCGCACGUCACUCCUCCAUGGCUUCCCCCACGACCCUUCACACCACCAAUUCGCCUUUUUUAACCCCGUGACACUCUCCGCCUCUCCCCCAAACACGGACAACACCACCGCCGCCAUCGACGCCACCAAAACCUCCAGCCUAAACACUCUCGGCUACUCGCCCCUCCCCCUAAAGCACUACCUCGACUACGUCCAGCAAAUCAGCGAUGCCCUCAAAACGCAACCCCGGGGCUCUAACAGUCUCAGCAACAAGAACCCAACACCUAAACCCAUUAUAAUAUCCGUAACGGGGUCCGCGGAGGAAAUAACACAAUGCCACCGCCUCAUCACAGCACUCCAACCAAAAGUCGUCAUGCCCCUCGCCUUGGAAAUCAAUCUCUCGUGUCCAAACAUCCCCGGCGCACCGCCACCAGCUUACAACGCCGAAGCCCUGGGGGUCUAUCUCUCGGCGCUAAAUGAGGGGCUGGCUAGUUUGUCGUCGGAUGCUGAUGCCAUUGCCGUUGGUAUCAAGACGCCUCCGUACACGUACUCGGAACAGUAUGAUGCGCUGGCCACCGCGUUGAAGGCUAGUCUCGUCCCGAAGAGGGAGCCUGGUAGUGAGAAGAUAGGGAAGCAACGGUGUCCCAUAUCGUUUAUCACAGCAACAAAUACGUUGGGUUCAUCUCUUUUGCUCGAUCCUGCGGGGCCUACGCCACAGGAUGCGGCGUUCAAGCAUACACUGCUUUCGGCGGCCGGAUCGGGUGUUGGUGGUCUAGCUGGUGCGCCAUUGCAUCCCCUUGCGCUGGGUAAUGUGUACACGAUUAAAAAGCUGUUGUUGCAGAACGAAGCGUUGCUUAGUGUGCAAAUUAUUGGCACAGGUGGCGUCGAAGAUAACGCGGGGUAUUCAAGGAUGAGGGCUGUGGGGGCGAGUGCGGUGGGUGUGGGGACGGCGUUUGGGAGGAAGGGGUUGAAGGUUUUUAAGGAAAUUGGGAAGGACGGAUGGUGA